CUUCACCAGUUGCUUCGUCUGCGCGACUUAAACAAUUUGACAGAGCUCUCUUUUCAUGGCAACCCCGCAGUGGAUCAGCUGAUACUUGCGAAGAAUAACACUGAACCAGAGUCGCGAGAUCACAACAGUGGAUUUCAUGAUGAGGCUCAAACUACCUACCGCCUCUUUGUUCUCUUUCAUCUUCGCACCCUCAUUGUGCUGGACGGCAAAGAAGUGCGUCCCGAAGAUCGUCGACAAUCCGAUUCGCAGUUUUCACAAGGCGAGUUUGAUAGCGCGCCAUUGGUUCAGUUUUAUUAA